AUGAGGUUGUCACCAGCAACAGUGCCAGGCCCGGAGAUCAUGUGCAGCCGCUGCAGCAGAGUGGCCAGCAACAAGGCACAGGAAAUGGGAGUUCGAAUCCCUCGCCCCUUAGGACAAGGUCCCAGCAGAUUCAUUCCUGAAGAAGAGAUUCUACAAGUGGGGAAUGAAGAUGCAAACAUGCAUUCAGUGUUUGCUGAUGUGUUUGCCGACAUGGGCCGCCUGGAUAACAUAACCCUUGUGAUGGUGUUCCACCCCCAGUAUUUAGAGAGUUUCCUGAAAACACAACAUUACUUGUUACAGAUGGACGGUCCCUUGCCUGCAUGUUAUCAGCACUACAUCGGUAUAAUGGCAGCGGCCAGGCAUCAGUGCACCUACCUGGUUAACCUGCACGUCAAUGACUUUAUCCAUAGUGGAGGGGAUCAGAAGUGGUUAAAUGGCCUUGACAAUGCUCCACAAAAGCUACGUAACCUUGGAGAACUAAAUAAGCUACUGGCACACAGACCUUGGCUGAUCACAAAAGAACACAUUGAGCAACUGCUGAAAACAGGAGAACACAGCUGGUCCCUGGCAGAGCUGAUCCAUGCUGUAGUCCUUCUUGCACACUAUCACUCCUUGGCUUCUUUUACAUUUGGUUGUGGAAUAAGUCCAGAAAUUCACAAUGAUGGAGGUCACACAUUCCGUCCCCCUUCCGUCAGUAACUACUGCAUCUGUGACAUAACAAAUGGCAAUCAUGGAGGGAAUGAGAGCCACCAGACAACAGGAAGCGUGGUGCAGGGCUUAGAUUCUUCUUGUGAAGUUGAAGUUUUGAUGGAGAAGAUGAAGCAGCUUCAAGAAUGUAGAGAUGAAGAGGAGGCAAGCCAAGAAGAAAUGGCCACACGCUUCGAGCGAGAGAAGACAGAAAGCAUGCUGGCUUUUGCUAUAGAAGACGAGGAUCCUCCGCCAGCACGAGAAGUCUCUAGACAUUUUGAAGACACAAGCUAUGGCUACAAGGACUUUUCCCGCCGUGGAAUGCAUGUUCCCACCUUUCGAGUGCAGGAUUUCAGCUGGGAAGACCAUGGUUACUCCUUAGUGAAUCGUCUUUAUCCAGAUGUUGGGCAGCUACUUGAUGAGAAAUUUCACAUUGCAUAUAAUCUCACAUAUAACACCAUGGCCAUGCACAACGAUGUAGAUACCUCAACGCUAAGACGGGCCAUAUGGAAUUAUGUACAUUGUAUGUUUGGAAUAAGGUAUGAUGAUUAUGACUAUGGAGAAAUAAACCAAUUAUUGGACCGAAGCUUUAAAGUUUACAUUAAAAAUGUGGUGUGUAGUCCAGAAAAGACAACAAAACGAAUGUAUGAUAGCUUCUGGAGGCAGUUCAGGCAUUCUGAGAAGGUCCAUGUUAAUUUGCUUCUUAUGGAAGCGAGGAUGCAAGCUGAACUACUGUAUGCUCUACGAGCAAUUACCUGGUAUAUGACCUGA